AUGGCGUCAUCCAACCUCCAUCUCACCUCAGACACGCCCAAGACGCGAUCAGCAUCCUUUCAGCCCUGGUUCAGCAACCCGAGACUACCACGACCACCGGUCAUCGGAGGAGCAAUCAAUGGGGGUUUCACACACCCAGAAGCCCAGAUUGGCAAGAACACGGCAGCAAGUCAUCUUUGCCGACCAUCGACCCCGCACAUGGUGUUAUGCUACGAAGGCUUGACGUGCUUUUGGGGGAACCUCCAGAAAUGGCAUGGGAUGGAACGAUACACCGCGGAUACGGUACUACCAGAAACAAUGCAUGGCGAUAACGCGCCAGUUUGGGCAAGAGACUCAGAAGAGGGGGAGUGA